GUGAAAUGAAUGUGUGCUUCUUUAACAGAAGUACAAGCAGAGCGGGAAGGCAUGUCUGUCAUCCAGCUUGUACGCUCAGCUGCUGCAGACGCCUGAGACGCAGCUCGCUGCCAAAAUGUCGGAGCUGCAGAGUGAGAAUAAGUACAGAGAGUCUGGGAUGAGGAGCCGAACGCAGGCGCUUUUCUCUCAGCUGCCAGAGACACCACAGAUUCAGUUGGCGAAAAGCGUCUCUGAGCUGCAGAGUCAGGUCAAGUACAAGGAGGCGAGCAAGAAGGAGACAGGCAGCUGCCUGUAUCACCAGCUGCCUGAGACGCUGGAGACGCAACACGCUAAGGAGGCGACAGAGCUGCAGAGUCAGGUGAAGUACAAAGAAGCUAAGAAGGAGCUGAGCACCAACCUUUACUCUCUACUGCCAGAGACUGAGGAGAUAAAGUUCGCUAAAGCCAUCAUGGAGCUUCAGAGUGAGAAUAAAUACAAGCAGAACGGCGGGCAGGAGACCAGCAGCAGUGUUUUUCACCACAUGGCAGAAACCAAAGAAAGUCAGUUUGCUAAGCAGAUGUCUGAGCUUCAGAGUGAGGUGAAGUACAAGAAGGACAAGGAGGAUCUGCCCAACACGCUGUACUCUUUGCUGCCAGAGACUCUGGAGACUCAGUUUGUUAAAGAGAUGUCUGAGACGCACAGCGAGAGCAAAUACAAGGAGGCCGGGAAGAAGCAGCUGGGAAACAGUUUGUAUUCUGUGCUGCCUGAGACUAAAGAAACCCAACACGCCAAGGAGAAGACUCAGCUGUGCAGCGAGAAAGCCUACAGAGAGGAGGGCAGGAAGGAGGCGAGCUGCUCGCUCUACGCCCGCAUGCCCCAGACCAUCGAAACCGUCUUGGCCAAAGAGCAGAGCAGGACGCAGAGCGACAAACUGUAUAAGGAGAAAUACAACCGUGAGAAGGGAAAGUCCAGCUACAUCAGUAUGGAGAAGCUUCCUGAGGUGGAGCACGCCAUGGAGGUCGCCAGGAACCAGAGCCAUGUCAGCUACAGAAAAGGCAAAGAGGAUCUUCACCACUACAAGGCGGUGUCGGACAGACCCGACAUCGUCAGCGCCACCAACGCUGCUAAACUGGCCAGUGAUGUGGCCUACAAGCGCCAAACCAAUCCACCAACCCACAGCGACGGCUCUUUGUUGGCCAGAACAGACAUCCAACACGCCAAGGAGGUGUCCAAGCUGGCCAGCCAGGUCAAGUAUAAGGAGAGCUGCGACAUGCGGCCUUGCUACAACCCGCUGGACUGUCUGUCCUUCAAACAGACGCAAGCUGCUGCUGCUCUGGCCAGUCAGGUGCAGUACAAGAAGAACCAGAACCAGAGAGCAGAAGGUUCCUCAGACCUGCCCAACUUGGUGCAGCUGGAGCACGUGCUGGCUGCCAGCAAGCUGCAAAGCAAUGUGGAGUACAAGAAGAAGUACGAGCAGACCAAGGCUCAUUACCACUUGGCUGUGGACACGGCUGAACAGCUCCACCACAAGGAGAACGCGGUGCUGCACAGCCAGGUCAAGUACAGAGAAGAGUAUGAGAAGAGCAAAGGCCGAUCGCAGAUGGAGUUUGGAGACACUCAGAUGUACAAAGUGUGGAAAGAAGCUCAGAAGAUGCAGAGUGAGAGGGAGUAUCGGCGGGAGUAUGAGGAGCAGGUGAAGGGGAAAGCCUUGGUGGAUGUGGAGCAGACCCCCGUGUACCUGACGGCCCGUCACGCCAGCAGCCUGCUGAGCGAGAAGGAGUACAGGAAGGACCUGGAGCGAGAGGUGAAGGGACGUGGCCUGUCCGGCGUGGGCCUGGAGGAGACGCCUGAGCUGCUGAGAGUGAAGAAAGCAAAUCAGAUACUGAACCAGAAGGAGUACCGCAAAGACCUGGAAACGGAGAUUGUGGGUAAAGGCAUGGAGCUGAGCGCCGAUGUCCUGGAGAUACAAAGAGUCAAGAGAGCGUCAGAGAUCCAGAGCCAGAAGAAGUAUAAGGACGACGCCGAGCGUCUGAGGGGGAGCUACCACGCGGUGCCGGAGACGCCGGAGAUGGAGCGAGUCCGAGCCAACCAGAGACACGUCAGCUCCCUGCGCUACUGCUGGGACUCCAAGCUAAUGCGAGGCCUGAUGUCGUCAGUCACAGAGACGCCGGAGAUCGUCCUCGCCAGAGAGAACGCCAAGAGGAUCAGCGAUGUCCAGUACAGAGAGGAGGUGGGUCGGGGCACCGCCGUCGUGGACACACCUGAGCUGGAGCGAGUCCGACGGAACCAGGAGAACAUCAGCUCAGUCCGGUACAAACAGAAUACACUGAAGGCCACCAGUGUUGGAGUGACUCCAGAACUGGAGCGAGUCCGACAAAACCAGGAGAACAUCAGCUCGGCAAGACUCAGACCGAGACGCACACAGAUGCUUGGUUUGUCGCUUUGCUUGACAAUUUUUUGUGAACAGGUGAGGUACCAGCGCGGGCUGCAGGAGGUCCGGGGCCACAGCUGCACUGAGCUGGACACGCCUGAGUACCGGCGAGUCAGGAAGAGUCAGGACUCGGUCUCCAUGGCCAAGUACCAUGAAGACUUCGAGCGAGCGCGCGGCCGCGGCUUCACGCCGGGGCUGGACGAUCCCAGCAUGGAGCGCUACCAGAGAGCCAAUCAGAUGAUGGCAGAGGCGGGCUACAAGGGGAUGCAUCCCGGAAUGGAGACGGACAGACGACCGGGAGGCAUCAUCGUAGACCUAAAGGUGUGGCGGACCAACCCCGGCUCCAUCUUUGAUUUUGACCCUCUGGAAGACAACAUCCAGUCCAGGAGCCUCCGCAUGAUCUCUGGUACUGGGACUGUCCCAGCGCCUGCUGGAGGCUUUAUCCUCGUUCAGAUAGAAACGUGUUUUAUAUGUAAGUUCACAGUAGCGCUGACUGGACCGUGUCCUUCCUGCCCGCCAGAGCGGGCCGACUGCACCCUGAGCCGACAGCCCUCCCAGCAGUCUGUCAGCUCGCUGACCUCUGACCUCUACGACUGUAGUAGCACCGGAACCCCGGCUCCGGUCCUGCCCGGGGCCUACCACCAGGGGGCGCCAGUGCAGCAGCAGCAGUAUCACCACGGCUACAUGCACCAGACCAGCAUGUCAUCGGUCCGAUCCGUCACUUCCCCACCGCACUCAGGCACUAUGCGUGUUUACCGGGCGCUGUAUGACUACGCAGCUCAGGACCAUGACGAGGUGUCCUUCAGGGAUGGGGACGUCAUCAUCAAUGCUCAGCACAUCGAUGAAGGCUGGAUGUACGGCACUGUGCAGAGGACCGGCAAGUCGGGCAUGCUGCCAGCAAACUAUGUGGAGUGCUGCAACUAGAGGCAGAAUAAGAUAAAACCACCGUCAGUGUCCGAAGCAUCAGCAGUUGGUGAUGGUCAGUUACAAGGUGUCAUGUCCAUAUGAUUCCUUGCUCCACUGGAGGUUGAAGGCAUAAAAUCAACAGACAUAUAAUAUGAAAGUGGCAGAAAGCAUCAGGAGCAGGUUUACUAUAACUGAACAUCACACACUGUUGAUGUGGGAAAGUGAAGGUGAGAGGGUGGAGAUUUUAACGUAGAGGAGGGUAAGAGAACGAGAUCAAGGUGGAGCCAGUGAUGGAACCAGGAGGGAAGGUGGAACAGAUCAGACUCAUAGCGUAGGAGUACACAUGUCUAAUUAUCAUGUAAAAUAAGAACAGGAUGUUACAGAGAAUCCCAAACCAACAGCUCUUAGUUCUACUAACAGCUGAGGGUCCGGUCAAACCAGCAGAUGGAAGUCCAACCCUCAGACAGUUUAUCCUGUGUUUGAGGCCAGUCGAUGCAGCGUUGCCUUGUUUGUACAGUCACAGAAGCCAGACUCGUAUUUAAUACAUAGGAACCAGCAGAGCCAAGUUGGUUUGAACCGUUUGUCAGAUUUGUGGACAUAAAGAAAACUACACAAUAUCAGAGAGAACAGGAAGGUUAGAUUGAGAAGCCAAGAUGAUGAGGAUGAUGAAGGCGAAGAGGCCAGAAGGUGAAUGAAAGGCAGCGACUCAGCAAUAGAAACAAGGAGAAAGAUCCCAGAAGACCAACUAUUUGUUUGUCCUCACUUUUUAUUGAUCUUCAGCUGAGUUGUUUUUGUAUUGACGGAGAAAGACAGACAGUUCACAGCCUCAGAUUUCAGUGGCAGCACUAACCUGUGUUUGUGAAGGACUCAACUAACACACUGUGUCUUUCUGUUCACCCCCUCAAAUGAUUUCGUAUCUAUUUUUAUGUAUGAAUAAAGUUUUUCAUGUUAUGUUGUGUCCAGAGAAUUUAACACACAGUAACAUUGGUGUGGACUGAAACUAUUUUGAUACACGGAUCCUCUUUUACUCAUGUGUGUUUGGGGUUUGUUUCUUGCUGUUUUGAUGGCCUCCUGCUCAUAUACUCUGCCAUCAUUUGUCCUUAUAGCUGGAUGUUUGGUUUUAUAAAUACUAGAUGCAAUAGAUUAUGAUUUACUGAGUAUUCAUAUGUUACCUGUGUUGACUUUGGAGGGGUCAUGUUAAAAAUCCUUCUUCUUUAGUCUGUAUAUCCACAGAUUAUGCUACAUUUAUUUACAUAUUAUUUUUAAUUGUAUAUCACUCAAUCCCAGUUAUGUUUUGUCAUAUGGUAAUUGCAGUGUGUUAGAUGUGGGAGAAAUAAAAUUACCUAAAUGGAA